UUUUAAAAAAAAAAGAAAAAAGAAAAAGACUGCCCCUUUUUCGGUAAAUCAGUUUGUCUUUCUUUUUUACAUAUAUACCAUGGAAGAAACUCUUUCUUCAGCAGAGCAUUCACACUAUUCAACUUCAAGUACACAUUCGGCCCAUGGUGGCCCUGAGCCAACAUUGAGUACAGAAGUUGAUGAUCCUAGUCAUCCACUUUAUCAUCAUCGUCGCAUUGUAACUGAUUUCGACUAUGGAGACAUUCUUGGUGAAGGCUCCUAUUCAACAGUACUUAUUGGCAGGGACAAAAGAUCAGGAAAACAGUAUGCAAUAAAGAGACUUGAUAAAGCACACAUUGUGAAAAACAACAAGGUAAAAUAUGUAAUGAUUGAGCGUGAUGCCCUGAGUCGAAUGAACCACCCUGGCAUUGUGAAAUUAUACUGGACAUACAAAGAUAAUCGUAGUUUGUAUUUCGUAUUGGAUAUGGCUAGAAAUGGUGAAUUAUACACUUAUAUUAGAAGACUCGCGCCGUUUGAUUUUGAAACUACACGAUUUUAUGCCGCCGAGAUCUUGUUGGCAAUAGAACAUAUUCAUGAAAGAGGUGUUAUUCACAGAGAUAUCAAACCCGAAAAUAUUCUACUUGAUGAUGCAAUGCAUAUCAAAAUAACCGAUUUUGGAUCUGCAAAAAUAAUAGACGAAACCGAUGCAGACGAUUCAUCCGCCGAUGAUGCAGCGGCUGCACGAUCAUUUGUAGGUACUGCAGAAUACGUCUCACCCGAGUUACUCAAGAGUGAUCCAGUAUCCAAAGAAGCAGAUAUGUGGGCAUUUGGUUGUGUGAUUUACCAAAUGCUUUCUGGGAAAUCACCAUUUAAAGCACCAACCGAUUACUUGAUUUUCCAAAAGAUAAAAAACUUAGAAUAUACCAUGCCUGAUGACUUCCCACAGACGGCUAAAGAUAUCAUUCAAAGAUUGUUAACCGCAGAUCCACAACAACGACUUGGAUCCCAGGCAUUGGGUGGGAUUCAAGCCAUCAAAGACCAUCCGUUCUUUGACGGCGUGGACUGGGAAAAUAUUUUCACUUCAACAGCUCCACCAUUAAAGGAAAGAUUAGAAGAGGAAGCAAAAAAGCAUCCUGCGGUAUCUCCCAAAUUUGAUUUUGACCAGGCAAAUGAGGAUGAGGAAGAGGAUAUCUGGUUCAGUAAACAUAAUACAGCUCACAAUGAUCCUUUCAGAGAUCGCUCACCUGUCACUACGCAAAUACAUAAUCCACCUGCAGUAGAACCUAUGCUGUCAGCGUCGGAAAAUGAUCCAACCAGCAAUCGAUCAUCCUUCAUGAAUCACGGUGUACAAGCCGAAGGGAGUGCAAAGGUCGAUAGUCAAACAAGUGGUGCAUCAUCCGAGAGUGUUCCAGAAAGAUUAGGAUUGCAUCCAGCAUGGAUUCCUCACUUGUAUCCAAAUGAAUCUGUUAUCAAGGCUGGUAGAGUGACACGCCGCAGAGGGUUUAUUUCCAAGAAACGGAAUUUGGUAUUGACGAACCGACCAAGGUUGUUGUAUUUGGACCAGGGAACAGAAAAGGAAAAAUUCGAUGGACAUUUACGAUGUGAAAUACCUUGGACUUCAAAGUUACUAUCAGAACUGAAAGGAAAAGCUACAUUUUGUAUCCAUACGCCUGAAAAAACGUAUACCUUUGAAGAUCGUAAACAUGCUCAAGAAUGGGUGAAUACGAUCAAUUCAAUGCUUGUAGAUGCAUUUGGAGUUGCAGCAUAAAUUAUUCCAAACUGAAAUAAAAAAGUCGAGAUUUGUAUAGAGAUCCAA